CUCAAUCGGGAAGCAAAGCUUGGCUCGUGUCGGCGACUCCAUGGGCCGAUCCUGCGAUAUCGUCGAUUCCUCGUCACACAUGUAUUGCGCGCCACUUCGCCGGAACCGAAAUAGCAGUGCUACGGAAGCAAAUCAAAUUUCGAUUUUGUUUCUCAGCUGCGUCAUAUCUGGCAGCUCUUACGGUCUGACCUGCAUAGUACCUCCGAGAAGUUGAAAUAUGAAUAGGGGCGCGCCGUCCUGUUUCGCUGGGUUUUGCUUCGAUGUCUCUCGCAACGGCGGAAGCUUGAUCUGAGACCAGCAGAGUCGCGGUGCACCAUCACCUGCACCUGCACAUCAUCACGCCUCAUCCUUCACCAACCAAUCUAAGACAAUAUUACUUAAACUGCGCCAAUAAUAAUGUCCUCUGGCACGGGUCAAACGGCCGCAGCGACGCCCCCCAACAAGCCCCCAGGCCCGCCCUAUCCACCGUCCACAGCGCCCCUAGGCGGCGUCCCGACCUCUGCCAUCGACAUCCCCAUCAGCGCCACGCUCCUGGCGCUCUUCGCGCUGGGCGGCGCCUCGCACCUGUUCGUCUUCGUGCGCAACAAGCGGCGCAACCACAAGUUCAUCUUCUCGGUGCUCCUCUUCGGCUUCUGCGUCACGCGCAUCGCUGCGCUCUCGGUGCGCAUCGGCUGGGCGCGCGACCGCACCAACGACGAACUCGCGCUAGCCGCGACCGUGCUCACGUCCGCGGGCGUGCUGAUCCUGUUCAUCGUCAACAUCAUCCUCGCCGUCCGGGUCGUCAGGGCGACGCACCCGCUCGCGGGGUGGUCGCGCGCCGUAAAGGUGGGGAUGGGCGCGCUAAUUGCCACCGUCGUGGCCGUGCUGGUCAUGGUGGUCUUCUCCUCGGUUCAUCAGCUGUUUACGCUGAACCUGGGCAUACGCAGGCGCGAGCGGGAUGUGAUGCUCUUUGCCGGGGUGUACAUGGUCGUGGUGGCGGUCUUGCCGCUCGUGGCGAUGGCGCUGGUGCGGUUGCUGCCGCGGAAGGGGCCGUACCCCGCGGAGAACUUUGGCACGGGCGGCAUGGGAGCCAAGAUGGCGCUGCUGGCGUUUACGUCGGCGCUGUUGACGCUCGGCGCCGCGUUCCGCACGGCGGUCAACUUCGAGGCCAAGCCGGUCAAUGACCCGCAGUGGUACCACUCGCGCCCGGCGUUUUACUGCUUCAACUUUGUGAUCGAGAUCGUGGUGGUGUAUACUUAUCUCCUGGUCAGGUUCGAUCAGCGGUUCCACGUCCCGGAUGGCAGCUCAAAGCCUGGGGAUUAUUCAAAAGUGGGAGAG